GUCAGUGUCAGGACAACUUUCCAGCAAAAGUAAGGGGAAAAAUAUUACCCAAUAUUUUCUCUCUGAUAGAGUCCAUUGAACACUCAACAUGGAAGUUAUGAUCAUAAUCUUUGUUCUGAUUUUGAUGGUAAAAUCCUGCCAGGGUGUUAACCAACGGAUGAUCGGAAUGUUCUACUUGGCUGAAAACCGAGCCUUACUGAAUCAUGUGUUUGAGUGGAAGACUGUAUCUUCUCCUGUGAUAUGUGGGAGAGACUGCUCUAUGGAUCCACAGUGUGCAUCAUUCAACUAUCACAUCACAAGAGGUAGUUGCGAGUUGAAUAAUGCCAGCAGAGCUCACAGCCCUGAUGACUUUGUUGCAAUUCAAGGGAGUGCCUACUAUGAUGUCAACUUGGAUACUUCUUUAUUUUCACUACCCGGCACUAGUAGUUGUCUGGAGUUAUAUCAAGCUGGUUACCGCAUCAAUGGUUUAUACACCAUCUUUCCUACAAGUCUUACUGGUGGGUUACAGGUUUACUGUGAUAUGGAGACAGAUGGAGGAGGCUGGAUCGUGUUCCAGAGGAGACAAGAUGGCUCUGGUGACUUUUACCGUACCUGGGCUGAAUACCAAUCUGGGUUUGGUGAUCUGCAGAAUGAGUUCUGGUUGGGGAAUGAUAUCCUGCGUGACCUUACUGGAUCGGGUCAAUGGCAGCUCAGUGUAGAUAUGGAAGAUUGGCAGUCCAACACAUCUUGGGCUUCUUAUGGUGAGUUUGCUGUUACAGGUGACAAGUACACUCUCCAGGUUGGUUCAUAUGAUGCUCAGAGUCCAGCAGGUGAUUCAAUGGCAUGGCAUGAUGGCCAAUCAUUCUCAACAAAGGAUCAGGACAAUGAUGCAAGGUCUGAUUACAAUUGUGCCGAGGGAUAUGAAGGUGCCUGGUGGUUUAAUCGCUGUUUUCAAGCUCAUCUGAACGGUAAAUACUAUCCACAGGGAGAGGUGUCAUUUGCACAGGGAAUACAAUGGGAAGCGUGGAAAGGAUAUUACUACUCCCUGAAGAAAUGCAGCAUGAAAAUACGGCAAGUUUUGUAA